AAAAAUUAUGCAGUGAGGAAGAUCAGUGAGGACGGUGUGGGGUUGAAGGGUUUAAACAUGGCGACCAAUGUAUUGAGAACGGUAUUAAAAAAAUCUGGACCAUUUAUCAAUGAUGGAAAAAUAUUGUUGCAAAAUCCAGGUCGCCUGUCUCUUCUCACCCAGAAAAAAUAUGCUGGUACUUGGUAUCCAGACAGAGAAUGGAUGAGACAAUUCAAUGGACCAGUAUUGUACCCAAGUGACGGUGUACAGUGGGAUUACCAACCACCAUCAGACCUUCCGGUGGUACUGGAGAAAAAUGUCAGAAACACCCGAAUCAAUUUUGGUCCCCAACAUCCAGCGGCUCACGGUGUACUCCGUUUGGUGCUCGAGCUAGAAGGAGAGUAUGUCAAAGCUGCUGAUCCUCACAUUGGAUUACUUCACCGUGGAACUGAGAAGCUUAUUGAGUAUAAAACGUAUAUGCAGGCUCUGCCGUACUUUGAUCGGUUGGACUACGUAUCUAUGAUGUGUAAUGAGCAGGCUUUCUCGCUUGCCAUUGAAAAAUUAUUGAACAUUGAUAUUCCAUUGAGAGCUAAGUAUAUUAGAACGCUCUUUGGUGAAUUGACACGUAUCUUGAACCACAUCAUGGGAAUCGGAACCCAUGCAUUGGAUAUCGGAGCUUUGACACCGUUUUUCUGGCUAUUCGAAGAACGUGAGAAACUGAUGGAAUUCUACGAACGUGUAAGUGGUGCUCGUAUGCACGCAGCUUAUGUUCGUCCCGGAGGAGUUUCUCAGGAUCUACCACUGGGUAUUAUGGACGAUAUUUAUCAAUGGGCAGCUCAGUACGGUGCUCAGAUUGACCAAGUCGAGGACUUGCUGUCACGAAAUGCCAUUUGGAAAGAACGAACAAUGGGUAUUGGAGUUGUUUCUGCUCAGCAAGCGUUAGACUGGGGAUUCAGCGGUGUCAUGCUUCGUGGUUCUGGAUACAAGUGGGAUAUUCGUAAGUCUGAGCCUUACGAUGCAUACCAUCUUGUUGACUUUGAUGUACCAAUUGGAAUCUCUGGAGAUUGUUAUGACAGAUACUUGUGUCGUGUUGAAGAAAUGCGUCAAUCACUCCGUAUUAUUGAGCAGUGCUUAAAUCAAAUGCCUGCUGGUGAAAUAAAAGUAGAUGACAACAAAAUCGUUCCCCCAAGUCGCAGUGAAAUGAAAACAAGCAUGGAGUCGCUGAUCCAUCACUUUAAAUUAUACAGCCAGGGCUUCCAAGUCCCACCGGGUGCAACCUACACAGCCAUUGAAGCACCCAAAGGUGAAUUCGGAGUUUAUCUAGUAAGUGACGGUAGCAGUAAGCCAUACAGGUGUAAAAUAAAGGCGCCCGGAUUCGCUCAUCUAGCAGCUUUACAAGAACUCGGACCGAAACAUUUCCUAGCUGAUAUUGUUGCCAUUAUCGGUACGAUGGAUGUUGUAUUCGGUGAAAUUGAUCGAUAA